CAAUUUAUAGUCUGUCCAGAUGUCGCUUCAAAUUGCGGAAGUCUCUUCACCUGAAAAACAAAUCAGUCAACAUUAAGAAGAAUGUAUUGAUAGAACAUGAGAAAGACCAAAAUCGUGACCUGUUCUGAUCAAGCAGACGAUUUUUAAAAAUGUCAGCUACCGUCCUACAUUUUGGUGACAUCGUUUCACUCUAUGCGGAAGGCAAUGUAAAUGGAUUUAUUUCAACUCUUGGCUUGGUGGAUGACAGAUGUGUUGUACAGCCAGAGGCUGGAGAUCUGAAUAAUCCUCCAAAGAAAUUUAGAGACUGCUUGUUUAAAAUAUGUCCUAUGAACAGAUAUUCAGCCCAGAAACAGUUCUGGGUGGCUCACAGAUCAGGAUCAGCAACAGCAACUUGUCCAGACACUGUUUUGUUGAAGAAAUUGCAUAGUUUACAGACACCUGGCAAUUUAUUACUACUUCAGCAUGCUGCAGAGUUGGAGAAAAAACAGAAUGAACAAGAAUAUAAAAAACAACUUGGCAAUGAAAUCCAAUAUGGCAAUGUGGUUCAGCUAUUACAUCUCAAAAGCAACAAGUACCUGACAGUAAAUAAAAGACUCCCUGCCUUACUUGAAAAGAAUGCAAUGAGAGUAACACUAGAUGUGUCUGGAAAUGAAGGAUCUUGGUUCUAUAUCUCUCCAUUCUACAAACUUAGACAAUCAGGAGACACUGUUGUGGUUGGAGACAAAGUGGUAUUGAACCCAGUCAAUGCAGUUCAACCUCUUCAUGUUAGUAACUAUGAACUGGCAGAUAACCCUGGAUGCAAAGAGGUCAAUGCUGUAAAUUGUUCAACAUCAUGGAGAUUAACUUUAUUCAUGGAUUACAGAGAAAAUGUAGAAGAUGUGUUAAAGGGGGGAGAUGUUGUAAGAUUAUUUCAUGCUGAAGAACAGAUGUUUCUGACAGGAGAUGAUUACAAGAAGAAACAAUAUGUAUUCCUCAGGAUGACAGCAAGAGCCACAGCUACAACAGCCACUAGUUCCAAGGCUCUCUGGGAAGUAGAGGUUGUACAUCAUGAUCCAUGUAGAGGUGGUGCAGGACAGUGGAUGAGUCUGUUUAGGUUUAAACACUUGGCAACAGGACAGUAUUUGGCUGCAGAGAUUGAUAAAGACCCAGCAAAGGAUAGUAUGCGAGACAAAUUACGAGGAUCUCCAACAAAUCCUGUAUACUGUUUAGUAUCAGUGCCACAUGGACAUGAUGUGGCAACAAUCUUUGAAUUAGAUCCAACAUCUAUGACCAAAGAUUCUCAUGUUCCGAGAAGUUCUUAUGUUCGACUCCACCACCUAUGUACCAAUACAUGGAUUCACAGUAGCAACAUAUUUGUGGACAAAGAGGAAGAUAAACCAAUUAGAAAGAAGGUUGGUUGUGCACAGAUAAAAGAUGACAGAGAAGCUUUUGCCAUUGUACCAGUAUCUCCACAGGAAGUUAGAGAUUUAGACUUUGCAAAUGAUGCCAGUAAAGUGUUGGCUGAAAUAGCUCAGAAAUUAGAGAAGGAAUCAAUCACUCAAAAUGAGAGAAGAGUAUUAACACAGUUAUUGUCAGAUUUGAUUUACUUUGUGACAAUGCAAGAAUCUCACAAUACUGGUGGUGAUCCAUUAAAAGUAGAAAUGUUGAAAUCUAAAGAAUGUAGAGAAAGACAAAAAUUACUGCGAGAACAGAAUAUCCUUAAACAGGUUUUUCAGAUUUUAAAAGCACCAUUUAGUGGAAAUGGACCAGUUAUUGAAAUGGAAGAAUUAGCUAACCAAAGACAUGCCCCCUUUAGACAGAUCUGUAAACUUUGCUAUCACAUUCUAAGAUUGUCACAGCAAGAUUACAGAAAAAAUCAGGAGUAUAUAGCCAAGCACUUUGCGUUCAUGCAAAAACAAAUAGGGUAUGAUGUGUUAGCUGAGGAAACCAUUACUGCAUUACUAAACAACAACCGUAAACUACUAGAAGCUCACAUUACAAAACAAGAAAUAGAAACAUUUGUCAGUCUUGUAAGAAGGAAUAGAAAACCAAGAUUUUUGGAUUACCUUUAUGUGUUAUGUGUAUCAAAUGGAUCAGCCAUACCUGCCACUCAAGAUCUGAUUUGCAAUUGUUUGCUAAGUGAUGAAAAUCAAGAUAUUCUGAUUGAAACAAGAAUGGAGAAGACUCAGAUGGAAGUAGAAAUGGAGGUAGAGAAUCCUGAUGGUACAGCUGCAUCAGAACCUAUUGUUACAAUAGAGGAAGUAGAGGAGGUGGUUCUUGUCUGGGAAGAUGCUGAUCAUCAUCAAAAACAAAAGAGCAUUGAAGAGUUGGCAAAGUGCGUUACAGAACACCGUCAUAUGGCUGGUUUAGAUUCACUAGAGGAUGCUGGUAUAAUAGAAUAUUAUAGACACCAAUUGGACCUUUUUUCUCACAUGUGUUUAGAAAGGCAGUAUCUGGCUAUCAAUAAGCUUUCACCUCAACUACACAUUGAUCUUAUUCUCAGAUGUAUGUCAGAUGAUGUUUUACCAUUUGAUCUUCGAGCAUCAUUCUGUCGUUUGAUGUUGCAUAUGCAUGUUGACAGGGAUCCUCAGGAAAUCAUAAAGCCAGUAAAAUAUGCAAGAUUGUGGUCAGAAAUUCCCACUGCCAUUUCAAUAGAAGACUAUGAAUCAAAUGUCAGCAAAGAUCCAGAAAAAGAAAAGGUUAAGCCAAGAUUUUCACAGACCAUAAUGUUUGUUGAAGACUAUUUAACUAAAGUUGUAGAAGAGAAAUGGUCAUUUUCAGAUAUGAAACAAAAUAAACUCACAUUUGAGGUUGUGAAUUUGGCCAAACAACUGAUCUAUUUUGGGUUUUACUCCUUUAGUGAUUUAUUGAGACUGACGAAAACACUGCUUAGUAUCUUAGAUUAUGUACCUGAGAAACAUAUAACUCCUGUUGCUAUGGCUACUGCAACAGGUGAAGAUCAGGAUAAGUCCAUGAUAUCAGAAGUUAUUUCACCAAAAAAGUCAGAAGAAGAAGUAGAUACAGUUGUCAUGGACACAAAGUUAAAAAUCAUAGAAAUUUUAAAGUUUAUUUUAGAUGUACGGUUGGACUAUCGUAUCACUUGCCUUUUGUCGAUUUUCAAACAUGAAUUUGAUGAAAACAAUUCCAUCAAGGACACUGACAAUGGUUUAGAUUUGGAGGCAAUCAGUACACAUGCAGAAGGGAUUUUUGAUGGGAGUGCAGAAACCCAGGAUCUGGAUUUAGAUGGACAAGGAGGAAAGAUGUUUCUAAGAGUUCUGUUGAACUUGGUUAUGCAUAACUAUCCAACAUUAGUGUCUGGGGCAUUGCAACUGUUAUUUAGACAUUUUAGCCAAAGGCAAGAAGUUUUACAAGCAUUUAAACAGGUUCAGCUUCUGGUAACUAGCAGUGAUGUAGAAAAUUAUAAACAAAUUAAAACAGAUUUAGAUGAAUUAAGAAAUUUAGUGGAAAAAUCAGAACUUUGGGUGUAUAAAGCCAAACAACCUAGUGAACAGAAGAGUAAAAAACAAUCUGAUGAUACAGAAAGCAAGGGCAGCAAAGAAGAGAAAGGAGACGGGGAUGGGAAAAAGAAAGCUAAACAACCUUCAGUUUGGAACAUUUCUUCUGAUCAAGGGUCUCCAAUUGAUCAUGAUCUUGGUCCAGCCAUUGACCCCCACUCUGUCAGAAAUUACAAGAAGAUAAAAGAUAUUUUAAAAAGACUGACAAGGUUAUGUGUUCAGGAAACAGCUGACCUGAGUGUUCAUAAACCAAAAACACAUGAACAGAGACUGUUGAGAAACAUGAGUGCCCAUCAAGUGGUGUUAGAAUUGUUACAAAUUCCAUAUGAGACUAAUGAUGAUAUAAGAAUGCAUGAGGUGAUGAGGUAUGCACACCAGUUUUUGCAGAGCUUCUGUCUAAAAAAUCAGCAAAACCAGGCCUUGUUACACCAAAAUAUAGAACUUUUUAUGACUCCAGGGGAACUUGAUAGUGUUGAGGCGACCCAUUUAUGCUAUUUCAGAUCUCCGUUACUUGAAGCUGAAACAAUGACUGCCAUUUUCCAAGACAAUACUGUGCUUUGUAAUGAUAUAUCAGAAGCAGUAGUACAACACUUUGUUCAUUGUAUAGAAACACAUGGAAGACAUGUGCCAUAUAUCAAGUUUCUACAGAACAUUGUUAAAGCAGAGAAUAAGUACAUUAAAAAAUGUCAGGAUAUGGUUAUGGCAGAGCUUGUGAAUGUUGGAGAGGAAGUACUACUGUUUUACAACGACAGAUCAUCAUUCAAUACAUUUACUGAAUUAAUGAGGUCUGAGAGACAUAGAACUGAUGCAGCCAGUCCACUUAUCUACCAUAUUAAUUUAGUACAACUGCUUGCUCUGUGUACUGAAGGCAAGAAUGUUUACACUGAGAUUAAGUGUCACUCUUUACUUCCAUUAGAUGACAUUGUAAGAGUUGUCACUCACCAAGACUGUAUUCCUGAGGUGAAAGCAGCAUACAUUAACUUCCUAAAUCACUGUUACAUUGACACAGAGGUUGAGAUGAAGGAGAUUUAUACCAGUCCACAUAUGUGGAACUUGUUUCAAAACUUCUUGGAGGAUAUGGGAAGGGUAUCAACAGCUACUACAGAUCGUAAACAUGCUGAUAUUGCCUUAGAGAAUUAUGUUACAGAAACUGUUAUGAAUGUUAUAUUCACAUUCUUCAGUUCACCUUUCUCUGAUCAGACAACUGCUUUACAGGCCCGGCAGCCAGUCUUUGUCAAGCUGUUACAAGGAGCUUUCAGAGUGUCUGACUGCCCUUGGUUAAGUGGAUCUCAAAAGUAUCAUGUUGAAACUUGUAUAAAGACAUUAGCAGAUAUAGCAAAGACUAGAGGGAUUGCAAUUCCAGUAGAUUUAGACAGCCAAGUUAGCAUUAUGUUUGAGAAAGCACAGAUUGUGGCAAAACAAGCCAAACAAUGGAUGUCUGUACGAUCAAAUAAACGAGAGUCGGUUGCUUCUGUAUCGAGAGAUUACAGAAACAUUAUUGAAGGGUUACAGGGUAUUAGUUGCCUACCAGAGGACGAGGUUGAAGAGGUUAUUCAGGAAAUAGUAGAGCUUCUAGAAGAUCGUCUUCGUCCACUGGUGCAAGCAGAAUUGUCUGUGCUUGUUGAUGUUCUUCAUUUUCCAGAACACUUAUUUCCAGCUGGUACAAAAUGUGAAAUAGGAGGAUUUAUAUCUCGGCUGAUUGGACAUACCAAAUGUCUUUUAGAAGAAAAAGAAGAAAAGUUAUGUAUUAAAGUAUUACAGACAUUAAGAGAGAUGAUGACAGUAGAUAAUGAUUAUGGAGAUAAGGUGGAUGUGAAAACUUUGGGUAAAAAAGAAUUGGAUGAUCAUCGAAGGGGAGAGGCUCUAAGGCAAUGUCUGUUGACAAAGUAUUACGAAAAAGCACCAAUGAGGGGACAAAGAGAUGGUGGAAAUAAACUGGCUUUGUCUGGAAGACCUGGUGCUGAUAACAAUUCAAGAUCCAGCAUGUUUGGUAGAGAAAGAAUGAGUCUUUAUGAUAUUCAGUGCCAUUUAGCCAAAGAAGGAGCAGCGGAUUUGAUUGUUGAUUUGAUAAUGAAAGAAACUAACAGCAAAAUAUUUCAGGAGACCGUGGAACUUGGCAUUGCAUUGUUGGAAGGUGGUAACCCAGUUAUUCAGAGAUCUGUUUACAACAGGUUGCUAAAAGACAAAAACUCUGAUGUAUUUUUCAAAGUAUUUUACAACAAGAUGUUUAAAGCAAGCGAGGAGAUUAAAUCAACGGUAACAGUUAAUACCAGCGAUGGAGAAAAAAGAAGUGAUGAGCAGAAAGAAUUACAAACUAAAGAUGCUACCGGAGGACUGAAGAGAGGCAGAGGUAGAAGACAAGAGUAUGAGGAGGACUCAGUAGGAGGUAUAAAAUUUAAAUCAAGACAGAAUAAACAAUCUGAGGAACCUGAUGACCUUCAGAGAGGUCAUGUUGCAGGUCAAGAGGAUGCUGUAGAUAAGCAGACUAAAGAAAAAGAAGACAAGAAACUGACACCAAAUGUUGCAAUGAUGAGACCAAUCCUUAGAUUCCUGCAGCUCCUAUGUGAAAAUCAUAAUCGAGAACUACAGAAUUUACUUAGGAAUCAAAGUCACACUAAAUCACUGAAUCUUGUUUGUGAGACCUUACAGUUUUUGGACUGUAUUUGUGGGAGUACAACAGGUGGAUUAGGUUUACUAGGUCUCUACAUAAACGAGACCAACGUAGACCUUAUUAACCAAGCUUUAUCCAGUUUAACAGAAUACUGCCAAGGACCUUGCCAUGAAAAUCAGAAUGCUAUUGCAUUACACGAGAGUAAUGGUAUAGAUAUAAUUAUAGCACUUCUUCUGAAUGAUAUUAUGCCUUUAGGGAAACAUAGGAUGGACUUGGUAUUAGAAUUAAAGAAUAAUGCUUCUAAGCUUCUGUUGGCUAUAAUGGAGAGUCGACAUGACAGUGAAAAUGCUGAAAGAAUAUUGUAUAGUAUGAACUCAAAACAACUAGUUGAUGCUUUAGGUGUGGUGUUUAAGCAAGCAGUGGAUGAUGGAUUAAUAACAAACUUUCAUAACAAGGUUGAUAUUGCCAAGAAUGCUUUUCAUCAGGAAGAUUCUGUAAAUGAUGAUGAAGAGGAUGAUGAGGAAAGAGAAGCUUCGCCUAAAGCUGUGGGACAUAAUAUUUAUAUCCUGGCUACACAGCUUGCUCUUCAUAACAAAGAAUUAGCAAAUCAUCUAAAACCAAGUGGUGAUUUAUGGGGUGAUCAAGCUUUAGAGUUCUAUGAAAAGCAUACAGCACAAAUUGAGAUAAGUAGACAAGACAGAACAAUGGAAAGAAUUGUAUUUCCCAUUCCUGAGAUUUGUGAAUACCUAACAGAAGAGACAAAAGUAAAAAUUUAUGCAACAGCAGAAAGAGAUGAGCAAGGCAGUAAAGUGGCUGAAUUCUUUGAGAGACAUGAAGAUAUGUUUGCUGAAAUGAAAUGGCAGAAAAAAUUAAGAGCCAACCCAUAUUUGUCGUGGUUCAGUAGUCAUAUGUCUUUAUGGAGUAGCAUAACAUUCAACUUCGCAGUGUUAAUUAAUCUUAUGGUAGCUUUCUUUUAUCCAUUUGAUGACACUAAAAAGAAUGAAUUGGACCCUAGGUUAUCAUGGUUGGUUUGGACAGCUAUGUUUGGAUCUCUGACUUUAGUAAUCACUGUUGGAGUAAACCCUUCUGCCAUUAGAACACUUAUAGCAUCAACUAUUCUUAGAUUUAUAUUUUCUUUUGGACUUGAGCCAACAUUAUGGCUGUUAGGUGCCUUAAAUGUGAUAAAUAAAGGAAUAUUUUUGAUAAGUUUAAUGGGAAAUAGAGGUACAUUUACAAAACCAUGGCAGCAAGUGUUGACAGAUUUUGAGUUUAUGUACCAUAUCUUGUACCUACUUUUAUGUGUAUUUGGUUUAUGCGUUCAUGAGUUUGCCUAUAGUCUUUUGUUGUUAGAUGUAGUCUACAGAGAGGAAACUUUAUCUAAUGUGAUCAAAUCAGUGACAAGAAAUGGACGUUCCAUUGUCUUAACAGCAAUAUUAGCAGUCAUACUUAUAUACUUAUUUUCAAUACUGGGAUUCCUGUUUUUCCAAGAUGAUUUUUUAAUGGAAAUAGAACCAGUUAAAAUUGUACAACACACAGUACAAACAGCAGCUGGGAGUUGUUCAGCAGAUGCAAACUGUACAGAAUCAGAAACAGUUCGAACAACAGUACACGCUGUAGCAGAAAAAGAUGAUCCAGUGCAAAGAAGAGUGUGUGAGUCUUUGAUUAUGUGUAUUAUCACUGCUGUCAACGAAGGUCUCAGAAAUGGUGGGGGCAUUGGUGAUGUUCUUAGAAAACCCGAUAUCAAGGAACCAUUCUUUGUAGCCAGAGUGGUGUAUGACAUGCUGUUCUUUUUCAUCAUUAUUAUUAUUGUUCUGAAUCUCAUCUUUGGUGUUAUCAUUGAUACUUUUGCUGAUCUGAGAAGUGAAAAACAGACCAAAGAAGAAAUAUUGAAAAAUACUUGUUUUAUUUGUGGUUUGAACAGAAGUGUUUUUGACAAUAAGACUGUGUCAUUUGAGGAGCACAUAAAUGGAGAACAUAAUAUGUGGCAUUAUUUAAACUUUAUUGUUCUAGUCAUAGUGAAAAAGAAAACUGAGUUUACAGGGCCAGAAAGUUAUGUUUUUGAACUAGUCAAGGAUAAGAAUUUAGAUUGGUUUCCAAGAAUGAGAGCCAUGUCCUUGGUGGCUGAAGAUAGCGAAGGAGAGCAGAAUGAAAUCCGUAAUCUUCAUGCCACAUUGGAUAGUACCAACAGACUUGUUAAAAAUCUCACAAAACAGCUUACAGAACUUAGGGAACAGAUGACAGAACAAAGAAAGCAGAAACAAAGAAAAGGUUUCCUUCAUUCAGCAACAGUUCCAAAUGUCAUGACUAUGUGAUGUUCAAUCAGUAAAUGGCAAAAAAAUAUCAUUAUACAGCAAUAGAGGUCUGAACAUUGAAAUAACAAAUAUAUGCUUGUCUGUUUAAGAUUUAUUUCUCAGCAAUAUCAUGUUUAUGUCAUAUAUGAUUGUAAAGUUAAAUAUUGUCAUUACAAAAAGCAAUUUAAAAGAACUAACAUUUUUCGUUCAGAAAACAUUUGCAUAAAUAAUAGAGAUAUAAUGUCUAUGUUUGGAUAAACUGUCUUUAUUUUAUUUAAACUUUAGAUAAAUGGUUUUCAUACUUCAAAAAGGAAUCAAGAAUAUGAACAAAUAUUUCUCAUGUUUGUUAUCUUCAAGUUGAAUAAUUUAAUGUAAUAAUAACAAAAAACUUUGGAAGAAUAAAUAAUUUAUUCAUGAUACUUUGCUUUUCAUUGCAUAUUAAUGAAUUGUGAAUAAAUCCUUUUUUUCUAAUGUAUAGCUUAUGUUUAACAGGAGUUUUGUAUAGCAACAACACAUGUACAUUUUAUGUUACCAAUAAAUAAGCAUGCAAUAAUAAGUCAUACUACACUAGUGCUAUAAAUCUUUGAUUAGUGAUUGUAUCAGUAUCAAAUAUUUAUAAACAGUUUUUUCAAGCUUUGCUGUACAAUAAAAGGUUAAUUGCAUGCAUAUUGAUGAAUAUUUUUCCACAUAGAACAUAUUAAAUUGCAAGGUUAUUUAAGAUAUUUUAAUUGUCUGUGAUUUGUUAAUUAUGUUUGGUUUUUCAUUUGUUGAUGAGAAACACUAAUCUUUAAAGUAUAAUAGAAGAAGCAUUAUAGCUUAGCUUCCCUGUAUUUUUUUUAGAUCAAAGGGAGUGUUCUGUCUGUUAGUCAACAUUUCAUUACUCUUUCAAAAUGUGAAGAGAGGGGAGAAAUCAUACACACAAGGUUUCAGAAAAGAUGUACAUAUAAUGAAAACAAUAAACCAACAUAUCAUCAAUUUGAUGAAGAAACAAAUUAAUACAGUAUAAUUGUUAUCUUUAGCUAUUAUAAAAGUUUUCAUCAAGCUUACUAUUUCCUGCUGUAUAAUAGAAAUCAUUGACAUCCCACAGGUUUAAUGAACAUAAACAUAUGUAUGUUUAUGACCUCAACAGUGUUACCUUUGUCACAAUGAGUCUCUAAACCUCUCACGUAUUUAACUUUAAUAUUUUAGGAAGGUGACCCAUGUGAGGAUAUUAAAGCUGAAUAAUUUCUUGUUAAUAAAUGAGGAUUAGUUGCAUUAUGUGUUUUUUAUGUUGGGACCAUUUGUUAGCUUUUCUCAGCUUUUCACUAUUUUUUCUCUUGAACAAAGUACCUUACUCUGAGUUAUUUGUAGUAAUCUCAUAUUUUAUAUGACCGUCUAUUCUGGGAAAAAAAGAUUUUGGUUUUGAUUUUUGAAGGGAAUUCAAAUUAGCCUUUUUUGGGGGGAAUAAUGAUGAAUUUUCAUGGAAAUCAUAUUAAAGUUCAAUCAGAUUAACAUUUUUGGAAUGCAAGUUUUGUGUUUUUUUUAAUUUAGUUUCUUAUGGUAGUUAUUAUCCAAUUUCACCAACAUUUCUGUAACUUUAUAUUUUUUUUUUGUAUUUUCAUGGGGUUUUUUUUAAGUAAAGAUUUAACUUCAAAUACUAUAAGAAGUCAGUUGAAGUUCAUUUUUCAAUCUUAAGAUAUAUUACUGUUGUUUCCCACCUUUUUGUUGUUAUUUGUACUACAAUGUUAAAUAAUAUUUGUAAUAUUUAUUGUGUAUAGAAAAGUUAUUAUUUUAUAUUAGGAGUUAUUAUAUAUAUAUAUCAUGGUGCUGUAAUCACUAUUUUUAUAAUACAUAUUUAGCCAUGCAAAUAUAUUUGUUCAAACAAUUUUGACAAUAAAGAACAAUAAUAAGGACUUAGAAGUCUUGUUGACUUAUGAUACAUAUACAUGUAAUAUUUUAUUAUCCAUUAAAAAUCUUUAUAUAAAAUAACAAUAUAAGCAAAAACAUUAUGUUGAUUCAUUAGAUAUAACCGAAUAAAAAAAAUGUUUAUUGUAUUUAAUUCAAAAGUCUCAUAAAGCUAUAGAUUUAAAUAUGUAAUGUAUUUGUUAAACAAAAUUUCAAUAAAACAAUGAAACCUGUUUAAAGGGAACCCCAGCAAGAGGACAUGCAAAGGAGACUGUUAAGUUAUUUGACCUAGUAUGUUAACAUAAUUAAGGUACAUGUAGUAACAAAAUGAAAUCCUCAGUUUUGAUGCCCUGUCUAUGGCAAUAGUUGGCCAUUAUGUUUCUGGUCCGUAAGUACCUGACCUUCCAUCCAACUGUCCAUAGCAGGUUAAAGUUUUGGUUUAGGAUAGCUUUUGGUCACUUCAAAUUGAAACUUAGCACUGUUAUAUCUAUGCCAAAUUAUGGUUUUGACCCAGAUUUCAUAGUUCACCAAACUUUAAAAAAUGUGAUAUGUUCAUUACAAAUGUACUUCUAUGUGGGUGUUUAAUAACAUGGACUUCUCCUGGCCAGAUAUGGGUUCAUCAUUAAGUGAACUGUACAAUAUAUAUGCAAAAUAUGGAAUUUCAUGGUUCCCUGAACUUGGAAAUGUCAUAGUGCAAGCAGUGUCCUAUGUUAAAAUAUUCUUGUUUAAGACAAGUUUCACUGUAUUAAAUUUUCUAAUGUGAAAUUACUUUUAUUCAUGGGGUACCAAUUUUCAUGGUGUUCGUGGAUGGCUUUAUCCUUGAAUUUAAGUAUCCAAGGAAAUAUAACAACUGCUGUCCAAAUAAAGACACAUUAAAAAAUCCACUUGUUCACAUGUAUUUUGACCACAUGAAUACAGGCAUAUAAUCUAUAGAAUACUUAGAAUAUUAGCAAAUACACUUUGAAAUAUAUAUACAACUUCAGACAAGAAAUUCACAUUUAAUCUUGUAAAAAACAUUCAAGUGCAUGAAAAGUAAUUUUUUUUAUCGAUAAAAGUCAGACUGCCCGUCAUGAUAUGCGAUGAUAAAGUGUUGAUUUCAUUCCUUCAUUAUUCUCAUAUGGAAAAAAUAAAGAUAUAAUAUUGUACUUACUUUUUUUACUUCAUAAGAAUAAUUUCUACAAUUCCAAGUUAGUUUGUAGCAGAGUUCUAUGUAAUUGUUUUCUUUGAGUGACAUGUUUGUGGCCAAAUUAACACCGUUGUUAUCACUUCUGAUUUAUUACAUGUGUGCAAUAAUUCUAAUGUUGACUUUGCAAUUUCCUUCAAUUGAGACAAUUUUUAAGGCUUGAUGGAUCAGCUUAUUUCCAAUUAUUUUAUUAAAAGAUUUGAUGAAUUUAAUGGAAAAUAAACAAGUAAGUCUGUAAGUUGUGACAAAUAAACAUCUUAUUUUGCAGUUUUCUACAAAUCAUUAUAUAUGUAUUACAACAAAUGAUUAUUUUCAAAAUCUUUGUUUCUGAUGGCUUCAAAUUCUUAACUUGAUUUUUUUCAUCAGAAAACUAAAAUCCAUGAUUUUAAGAACCUGCAAACAUAUAAUUUUUGAUCAAACCACAAAAAUUGAUACCAAUGAACAAAAGUCCUUUCACAGUAUUCAAAUAGAGAACUUCAACAGCUAGGGGUUUAAUUAUUUGUUGUUACUUUUUGCUAUUAUUUGUUAGUUUAAUUUUUUUUUAUACUGUUUGAUUCAUAAGGUGCUAACAUCUACCUUUAUCGAGGAACCUGGCCAAAUCAUUAUGUUAAUACACAAUUUGAUAAUUGCUCAUAGUAAACCAAUAGUUUGCCCAAUGAUACAGCAUUAUGGUAUUUAAAAUUAAUGAUUUGCCAAAAAAUCCUUUUCAUCAGAUACUGUGAAUUAAUUAUUAUUCCUGGGUACAGGUGAACCACGAAUAUAAAUUCUCAACGAAUUACAACUUUUUUAAAGGCUUUAAAAGCAGAGAUCGGAAAAACCACGAAAUCAAAUAUCCACGAAAAUGCAAGUUUUCAUCGAUCCACGAAAAUUGAUACCCACGAAAAUAAAUGAAUCCACAGUAGUAGAAUUAAAUUGUUUUAAUUGCAAUAGGUUUGUUAUGCUUGGAACUUCCAAUAUUCUCUUAUCCAGUAUGUAUGCCUAUAAUAUUUAUCAAAAUGCAAUUGUCUUGAGAUUUAUAUAAAUAUGUAUUAUAUAUUAUAUGUAUAAUAUGGUGAUCAAAUCCUUCUGUCCACUUUGAAUGAUUGUUAUAUGUUGAUCCUUCCAGCAUUUUAUAUGUUUGUAAUGUGUAUAUUUGUCAAUAAAGUCUGAAUAGUUUA